ACAUUUCAGCUGAAGAGGAGAGUUGUAAAAGUGAUGAUCCUUCAGAAAAUAAACGUAGUAGGCUAGCAGGUGGUGCUACCAAACAUUUUCGUCGGCCGAAGGUGAAACGCCGUGAUGAAGAGUCGUCUCCGAGUGACGCCUUAACUCCGAAGAAAAGAAAAGCUCGUUUGGCAGUGAAGCAAGGAGUUCCCAGCGACGAAGAUUUAGAGUGGCUUUCGCAGAAACUCGAAAAUUGGAAGACAGUCGGGCGUCGUCUAAAAAUUGACGAAGCAAGAUUAACGGCGUUUGAUGAUGAAAAUAGGGGAUGCUCUGAAAAAAUCUACAAAAUGUUACUACAUUGGAAAGAGGGGAAUGGCUCAACUGCAACAUACACGAUCCUACAUGAUGCACUGUGUCAUCCACUGGUUAAUCGCACAGAUUUAGCUGAGCAACUUAUCACUGCAGACAAUUCGACGGGAGAGGAGAGUUGUAAAAGAGAUGAUCCUUCAGAAAGAAAACGAAGAAGGCUAGCAGAACCGUUGAAUGUUGAGAAGUGUCAAGAGCAGCUUAAGUCUUAUUACAACACCUUUAGCAAGGUGAAAAUCAUUCCAUGGGACGACAGCUCUUCCAUUCAGCUUGAUGAGAUCUACACACCUUUGUUUUUGGUCAGAGAUCACAGGAAGCCCAGCGGAGUGACACAAGAGGAACUUGAAGACUACACCGACAUGUUCAAGGAAAAACCAAAACGAAAGCUUGUUUAUGGUAGGCCAGGAAUUGGCAAGACUACGUUUUGUAAGAAGGCUGCAUAUGAUUGGUCGAAAGCCUUAAAAGAAAUCCUAAAGAACUUUUUUGUUUUGAUUCUGAUUAAGUUGCGAGAUGUGUGUGACGUAGGAAACAUCCUUGAUGUUUUGCGUGCGUCUAAAUUGCUGGCCAGUGAUGGUCCCAUCUCAGUUGAUAGCCUCUAUGAUUACAUAAUUAACAAUCAAGAUAAAGUGCUUCUUAUUUUGGAUGGCUACGAUGAGUACAGCUUUGCAGAAGAACACUCACCCAUCCUUGAAAUUUGGAAGGGUGAGCAACUAAGAGAUUGUCACGUUAUUGUCACCACGCGUCAACUUAAAUGUGACGAGUUAAGAGGCCCCAGCCACGUUCAGUUAGAAAUUCAAGGUUUCAAAAGCUGGGAACGAAAAUUAACCUUUGCGAGAAAAUUUAUGGCAGGUGAAGAAGAUCUUAACGAGUUUAGGCUCUACCUGGAAGAAAAAGAUCUCGAUGACAUGGCAGAAAUACCUCUCCUCUUACUGAUGCUGUGUAGUUUGUGGAAAGAGAAACGUCACGAAGGACUGCCAAAAUCACGGGCCGACAUAUUCACACAAUUCAUUCAAACCAUGCUGGAUCACAAAGGUGGAAGUCACCAGUCUAUGCCAUUUCAGAAAAUGACCUCAACAGAAGCCAGAGAAGACCUUAGUAAUAUUGGAAAGGCUGCCUUUGAAGCACUUCUGCAAGACCGUCUUUACGUACGCUGCAGCAAACUCCCCGGCAAUAUUUCAAGAAGUUUGGAAAAAUUAAGUGAAGUUGGGCUUUUCCAGAUUGUCAAUCUUACGAGUCUCAAUCCUGAGAAAGGGGCCUAUUUCAUUCAUAAAUCCGUACAGGAGUUCCUUGCAGCCUGGCACAUUAAAGAGGAAGUGUUGUCGAUGAAAGGAGAAAGUACGCCUAGCCUUUCCAAAGUUGAAUCGUUUGAAAAGAUCGUGAAGAUGAAUGAAGUUCUGAAAUUUGCUUGUGAGCUGUCAACAGAAGCCGCGUGCGCAGUUUUCCAUCAUGUAGGGUCUGUUGGAAGAAAGGAAUUUUUGUCGAAAUGUGAUUACAGUGAGCUGCUUCUGGAGAAUGAAAUACUGUCUCAAAAUCAAAAACAUUAUCUCAAGCUUAUCUCGCAUAGCUACAUUUGUUGUUCAGCUGAGAAGAGACAAGAUCUCUGCUCAGUGUUUCCCUCUUGCACCGGAGGUGUUUUGUCUCUUGAUUCUAACCAGCUGAACAUUACUGCAAAUGAACAUUUCCUUAAAUCUGGCAUGAUACCCGACUUUAUCUUUUUUCCUCCCUUCAAAGAUUCUUCAGAGAAAAGCUAUCGAGACUUGAUCACUGUAGCGGAGGACACAAAUGCUGUAUUUUUGAGCUGUUCGGGCGAAAAGAAAGCCGCAGAUUUACUGAAGAAGUUCCCGCGUCGUCCUGUGGGCGAGUUCUUUUUGAAGAGAGAGACGAAAAUCGUCGUUUAUGUUUAUCAAAUACGCAAAGAAAAACAUGGUAGCACUUUUCCGACUGAAAUGCUGCGAGAGCUCAUUUCGCCAACAGCAGAGUCUACUCAGGUGACGCGUCUUGUUGAUCCGUUGAAUGAACACGACAGCGAAACAGCUUCGAGUUUGACUCAGAACACUGAUAGAAUCACUGGUCCUACUCCUGAGAGCCUUUCCUGUGUGAAGCAGAUUUAUAUUGAAGACAUAGAAAGGCAAGAGAUAAAGAUGCUGGCUGAUUUCUUACCACUUUUCACUGCUCUCCUAUGGUUAAGUAUUUUUGGUAAACCCUCUGAAAUCAUUGAUGCUCAGUUGACAGAGACCCUGGUGUCUCGUAUCAUCUUCACUGACAGAUUUCACACAUUAGUACUUACUAAUAUAAAUUUAACAGCCAAACCUGCCGUAGCCAUCGCCAGAUCUCUGCACCAGGCUCCUAGCCUGCGACACCUCAACUUGUCAGAGAACCCUCUUGGUGAAGGAGUAAGUGUUCUUACUCAACAUCUCAGCCGUGUUCCUCACCUGGAGAGGCUGUGGCUUUCUAAAGUUAAAAUGACAAAGCAGCAAGUGAAUGAGUUGAGUGCAACUGUACGUCAGAGUAACAUCUACUGGUUGAAAACAGAAUACCACGAUCGCAAAGGGAAUGUCAAACCUGAAGAAAAAUGGCCAACAGAUGAGUACUGGAGCAAAUCAGAAGAAGAGUCAGAUCCUGGGUCAGUUACUGACUCAGGUGAUGAGGAGGAGCCUGGGUCAGUUACCGCCUCAGGUGAUGAGGAGGAUCCUGGGUCAGAUACUGACUCAAGUGACAAGGAGGAUCCUGGGUUAGUUACUGACUCAGGUGACGAGGAGGAGCCUGGGUCAGUUACCAACUCAGGUGACAAGGAGGAUCCUGGGUCAGUUACUGACUCAAGUGACAAGGAGGAUCCUGGGUUAGUUACCGACUCAGGUGACGAGGAGGAGCCUGGGUCAGUUACCAACUCAGGUGACAAGGAGGAUCCUGGGUCAGUUACCGACUCAGGUGAUGAGGAGGAGCCUGGGUCUUGCCUGGAAACGUAA